CCCAUGAUCCCUUGAGCGCGUGAAAAGAAAAAUGGCGGCGCGUUGUCGUUGUCUGGAAACCGGACAGGAGUAUAAAGCAGAGUGAUUUGAGCCAGUUUUAAACACAGAGUUAGAAGUUAUCGGAUCGGAAUUUACUGUAUCAAUGGAUAUCACCAAAGGUAAUUUAGAUGAGAUAUCUCGGCCGGCCAGCAACCAUCGCAACCAUCAGCGGCCAGGGAGUCGUGUCUCAUUGAGAACCCCAUCAUCUGCAGGGAGCACUAGGCAAGGCAUUGAUACCAGCAAUUCCCUGGAGAUACUUCCUCCUGAGUCUCCCACUCUCAAUCAACAGGAAUUUGACCUAGAGGUUGUAGAACUGUUUUCAUCAGACACUGACAGCGAAUGUGAUGUAGGCAACCAAUCAGAUGACAACAAAGAGAACACUGAAACUCAACAGCAUCCCAACAGAAACAGUCACAACAAUAACGGAUCCAAGGACAGCCAGAGAAGUAGUAGGCCUAAUGAUGCCGCUGACAAAUCCACGUCAGCCAUGUCUGAUCCACUGGACAGCAUCCCUGAUCCAAAGAUCAGAGAGGCAAUGAAGAAGAUGCAGCAACUAGACCGCAUACUGGCCAAGAAGACACUCAAGGAGAAGGAGGUCAAACGUCAGCGGUUGCAGGCCCACAGGGACAUGGAGCGAGAGCUACAAGGUCUCAGGCCGGAGGGUAGAGAGGAGCAACGGGAAGUAUUAGACAACACCAGUCGCUACUUGGCCCUGGUGCCUCCAGCAAGUCAUAGUGAAGGGGUUUCCGUGGAGCAGGAGCCAGUGGAUCCAGUAUUUCCAACCCAGCCAGCUGAAGCAGACUCCCCUGUGGUAGGGGCUAAAGCCAAUGGCAUCCAGGGGACUAAAGCAACUGAUUCUAAAUCCCAACAAGGUAACAGCACAGACAGGAGUAGUCAAGCUGAAGGUGACGACAAGGCUAAGCGUGGUGGCAGACGAAGGGCAAAGGGCAAAGGUCACAAUGACACGCAGUCAGCAAGCAAUGACUUCAUUCAGAGGAACAUUGAUUUGGCCAGUGAUGCAGGGAAUGUCAUCGCUAUGACGGAUGAUGAGAAGAAACGUCUUGAGGAGUUGCUUCAAGACGUCGAGAUGUUGGUUGACGAGGAAGAAAAGCCGGACAGCACCCGUACCAUGAAUGCCUUGCAGCUGUCAGCAGGAGUGGGUUACAUCCCUGAUGCCACAGACCAACAAGCUCUCCAGGACAUCGAUGCUAAGCUCAAGGCUCUACUGCCUGAGGAAGACUAUGACCGCAUCAGCACUACACCAUCACAGGAGAGGGGUGAUAGUUAUCAUAGAGAUGUUCCAGGAGAGAAGAUCCUGAAAGAUACCAAAGAUGACAGGAGGCAGCACGAGCGACUGAAGAGAAUUGAAGUUGAGCUUGAGUACCUUGAGAACCGCGUAGAAAGAGAGAUUUACAAAUCACCACGUCUAUCCCAAGAAAACCUCUCUGAGCUAUUGGAGCAGUGCUCCGAGCUGAGCUCCAGGGCAGCAACUGAGACUGAUUCCAUCCUUCAAGCAUCGCCCCGGUCUGGCCGUACCUACUCCACAGCAGACCAGGAUGGUUGCAGCACACAGGAGGCAACACCAAGACUUCCUGAGGACAUCUUACAGAAACUCCUUGCAGAGGCCAGAGAGUCUUGCCUCUCAGAUAGUAGGUUGAGCUCACUCACACCCAUCAGCUCCCUGGAUACCCAACAAAUGCUGACACCAAGAUCGGACGGUGGCAGUUUACAGCCGUUUGCAGUGGUCUCCCAGAGCACCAUCCAAGAAUUACUUAGAAACCCACGAGCGACCUCCACCGUUGCCUCAACAACUGGCAUGAUCAUGGACAUUGCAGGGAGGAGCCAGGGUGAGCCAGAGGAGGAAGAUUUCUGGCAAUCACCGGAUGUUGAAUCAGGCCAGGCAUCGGCCAUUCCAGGCACCACCAAUGGUUACAGUGAGUCUCCAGGUUCUGGUCAGGUUGCGAGACCUUCCAGCCAGCAGAAUACAGUGGCUAAUCAGAAUCGGACCCAGGAGAUUUGGGAUGCUCCUUCCUCACCACGACACUCACAGCAAUCACCCCAGCCUCGUGGGUCUAAGGGACACCCUAACCAGGGUGUUGAGUCCUCUGUACAGUCUAGCCUCUCACUGAGAAGCUUCUCCAACAGCACUGACUUCCCCACCAGCUCUGUUUCAAUCAAGUCACCUGAGCCUCCACCCUCCAGGAAUCGCAGUAUUACUGAUACCUCCAACAGGCCAAGAAUGUCUGCAGGAUCUCCAGAGCCAUCUGCCUCUUCCAAGAACACUUCUUUGAAGUCCAAGUCUAAGCUGUCUGAGACUUUUGAUCCUUCACCGCAGCCACCAUCAUCAAGACAAACCACCAGGAGCAGCAGGUCCAAGAAGGCAAAAGUACAUGCUCAGUCAAGCUUUGAAACCAGAGGGACCCUAGACACACCAGCUGGGCACACUGACUCUAGAGCUUCCACCAACACCUUGGUGUCCUCAUCUGACUUUGAGUACGAAGAUGAUGAGGAAGUUGCCCAGCAACUCUUGUCCCGCUCACACCAUGCAGAGAUCACAGGUCAAGGGUCAAGGAAGGAUAAACCUGGCAUUGGGUCCAGCAUAGCAUCCAGGAGUAUUGAGGAGAGCGUUGUAAGAAGCAUUGCGAGAUUUGAGAAGAAAGGAACUGGGAAAGAAAGGUUCAGUCCACCCUUGGUUUGAUGUAGCGAUAUCCUUUCACGGAUCUGAAUUCUUGCUAAUACAUGUAACAAUUUUAGAAUUUGACUUAUUGCAUUCACAGGUUUCACAAUUAAAUAGUUGACCAUGUGCCUUUGGCUCUAUUCUUAAUUUGUUAACUUUUGAGUGUACUCGAUUGGGAGCAACUGAAUCAUUUAAUUGCACCUCUUAGCAUUUAACAGCUUCAAGUGAUUGUUACUAUUGAUACAAGAACUCUUCAUUCAUCACUUCCACCCUAAAUCUCUACCAUUCUAAAUCCCAACUGCCUUCAAAUUGAAGUAUUCUUUGGUGUGGUUUCAAUUACAAACACACUUGUGACAAUCUAUGUCUGUUGACAGAAAAAGGAACUUUUACAAACUUAAUUGUUCAAAAGGCUUAAGUUGAGGAUGUCAUUAUGUUUUGUUCAAAGAUGUAAAUUUGUCCUCAAUUAACACCCGAGAGUAAAUAUUUGUGUUGUUAUUGUAUGCAAAUGUACAUAUGUUUAUAUCAGCUGCUGUAAGUCAGUGUUAAAUACUGUUCCCGAAAUAAAUGGUUUUCAGACUUUAAGAUUCA